AACCCCCCCAGAACUGAUCCACCUAGUGCAACGUCCACUGCCUUCCCUCUCCUUGAAUCCCCACUAGACCUUCAUUUUAACACUCUGCCCAACGGCAUUUCCAGCAACCACCAAAGCAGUACUCUAAUUGAAUCCCACUUUCCGGACGCGAAAAUGUUCAAACCAGCGUUCAUUCUUCUUGUUUUGGCCUUAGCCCACUCUGGCCUAGCUGUUCCUCUCCCACACAGCAGUGAUGGCGCCUAUAGCACCCCAGGCGUGCCCACUGCGACAACUCCCUCUGCGUCGGCGGUCAGCCCCGACAGCAAACCUGCUCCUACAACUCCCCCACCUUCUACCCCACCUUCCGGUUCUGCAGUCAGCCCCAGCAGUCAGACUGCUCCUGCCACUCCCCCUCCAACUAAGGACAACUACAGCAACCCCUCUUCUGGGGUCUCACCCUCACCAGGUGGCACCGCCGUCAGCCCCAGCGACAAACCCGCACCACAAACUACUCCUGGUCAGGGUGCCGGCGCCCUUCCAUCCAAAGACAACUACAGUAACGCCUCCACUGGUGUCUCAGCUCCACCCAGUGGCACGGCCGUCAGCCCCACCGACAAACCCGCCCCACAAACCACAUCAAGCGGCAACCCGACAACGGCUGGUGCAGUUGGUACCACCCCCACAACAAAUGGACCCACUGGUGGUGGUCCAGCUGUUACUGGCGGUGCCCCCGGUGGAAUAGCUGGUGGUGGUCCAAGUGCAGUGACGGCUGGUGCUCCCGGCGGAUUCUCUGGUGGUCCUCGAGGUUCCGGAGGCAUUGGCGGCCCGCGUGGACCGGUUGGUACUGGUUUCGGUGCCGGUGUUCCCGGCAAUGGCUUCGCUGCCGGUGUUCCCGGUAAUGGUUUUGUUGGCGGUGCCCCCGGCACUGGUUUCGUUGGCGGUGCUCCCGGGGGUGGUGUCUUUGCCGCACGACCCGGAGGUGGAUUUGCAAGUGGAUUCCCAGCAACCGGCACCAUGGGAGCUGCUCCUUUUGUAGGCGGAGGCGGGCUUCCAUUCAGUGGCUCAAGCGUAGGCCCAAUUGGCGGCGGUGCGAUGAUAACCGGUGGAGCUCCCUUCGGCGGCUCGGUCGGCGGCUUCGGCGGAUGCGGCGGCGGAUGCGGCGGUGGCUCAUUCAACAGACUCGGAGGCGGCAUGGGAUUUGGUGUCAACAGCCGCUUCGGAGGUGGCAUGGCCACCAGCAUGGGUGUUGCUGGUGGAAUGGGUGGCGGCAUGAUCGGUGGUGGUGGUUCCGUCGUAUCCUCCCAUCAAGAAUCCGACCAAAAGAGCAGUUCAUCCAGCGGCGGAAUGUCAGUCGGCCCCAUGGGAAGUUCAGGUUUCUCGGAAAGCGCCAGCAACGAAGCUCACACCCGAAACGACUUCAACUCGGUCAACGGCGGAUUCCGUCAUUGAGUUUCUUCAAUCUCUCCUCCCUCUGAAAGACUCAUAGCCGCCGGUCCAUUUUUGUAUUUCAUGUUUUCAUCGUCUCCUCUUAACGCUCGUCUUUCCUCGCGAUUUCCUCUCUCCAAAUAAUUCAUUCAUAAUUCACUUUCCUUGCCCAUCAGCUUGUUGUGUUUCAUGUCCCAUCCUGUGCUCAUUCUCGAGCAGAAACUGAGUGUGAGACAUCAUUGUCCAUUUGUUAGUUAAACCCAACAUCCCGUGAUAAAUCGAGACCCUACAAAGUCUCAUGUUGUCUCUUCCUCAUAAUCCGGUCCUUACCUUAACUUGAGAUGAGUUGCAUGCAGCGUGUCAGAGAGAACUACUCUCCUGUGUUGCGAGGUACCUCAAGCUACCAGGCCGCAGACAAGCUUCGGUGAAGCCGGAUGGGGGACCAAGUCAGAACCGACCUCGUGUCCAAUGUGUAGUGCCACUGCCAGCUGGGCUCCAGGCCAUCAUUUUAAAAUCUAUGUAUUCCUUGUCUUGAUACAUUGCAAAUGGCGUUUUUAAGAAGUUUCCUUGUCCUCGACUUCUUGUAAUUGCUCCUAGUUGAUCAUGUUGGUAGACACUUACUUGUCUUUCUUGAUCAUCUUUUCCGAAUUUCUAGUUGU